AUGCGUCUCAUCAACGUCAGAACUCUAGUCAUUCAAGAAUUUGUACAGAAUAUCCCUCCCUAUGCUAUUCUGUCACACACAUGGGAGGAAGGUGAGGUGUCGUAUGAGGAGUUCCACAAGUUGGCAGCGAAGAAAAAGCCCGGGUACCUCAAAAUAAGCCGCUUCUGCCACGAGGCCUGUCAGCAAGGUUACGACUAUGGUUGGGUUGACACUUGUUGCAUUGACAAGACGAGUAGUGCCGAACUAUCGGAGGCAAUCAACUCAAUGUUUCGCUGGUAUCAGAAUGCCGAACUGUGUUUGGCAUACCUGAGUGAUUUUGUUCAUGAUGAUGAGCAAACCAUUCUUGCACAGUUGAAUGGAAGUCGGUGGUUGACACGAGGCUGGACUUUGCAAGAACUGUUAGCACCACGUCAAGUGCUAUUUUUCGGGGCCGAAUGGGAGUUGAUUGGUGACCGCGAUCUGUUGGCAUCAGCAAUAAAGGCGUCUACCGGUAUUGACGAGCGUUACCUUUUGCAGCACACAAGCAGGUUCUGCUGUGGCAAGAGCUCCCGCUUAUUACGGGUUCAAAGUGCCACCAUUGCAGAAAAGAUGAGCUGGGCAGCUAAGCGUAAGACUACCAGAGAAGAAGAUGUUGCCUACUCACUACUUGGUCUUUGUCGUGUCAGUAUGCCGUUGCUAUACGGCGAAGGAUCUCACGCAUUCUUGAGGCUACAGGAGGAAAUAAUACGCCGACACUUCGACCCAACAUUGCUCGCCUGGGGUCUUCCGUGGCAUGAGUUCCGCUCGAGACAUCUCACACGUCCCUCGUCGCAAACAACAGGCUUUGCAAAGCCACAUUGUGCCUGGCGUUCUGCAAUCGCAAUGCUCACAGCGCAAGAACAUCCGUGGAGCGAUCCGACGCCUGAAGAAGCGACCUGGGACUGGUCUUCGGGCGUACUGGCAAACAGCCCGACAAACUUCAUGGGUAGUGAGUGUGUCAUCGCUCACCAGGCCACGUUCGACUGGGAACUGACGAGCAAAGGGCUGCGUGUUAGUUUGCCAGCCUCUGAGGACGAUAAUCCCCACAUGGUACUUCCUUGCCAAAUCAGAGACGAACCUUGGUGCCUGCUUGCUAUUCCGUUGAGCAGACUGGACAAUGGGCUUUACGGGAGAGCCGACGCGCCAAUCAAGUUGGUUGGAAAGCAGACAUGGACUCGUUGGCGCACACAGUCCUUCCAUCUCUCGACUACCGACUUGGAUGAUGACUUCAUUCUUGAAGAGAGCCAGGAAGUCAUGUGGCUUUCCAUUGCACCCUCAUUGGAAUUACUGCGUGUGGUCCCGUCCGAAAAUUGGUCGCCAUCUAAAUAUGUGUUGUACUGGUCCCGAUCCGGGCCGCCAGGAACUAUAAAGCUCCAUACGCUGUUCAUUCGACGAAUCAACACAGAGGAUGUAUUCGCUGCAAGUGUGCUGAGACACACACCAGCACACUCACCCUGGUUGCUGCGGAACACUUCCCCCAAGGUUGCUAUUCAACUAGUUCCACUAGAAACCUUUCGACAAUUCAUUCAAUCUACGGAGGCUGAGAAUCUGCUUCAAGAUAUCUCGGGCGGAGUUUCCUAUGGAGAUGGAGUGCUCCUAUUCACAAGCCGAACUAAAACGUUGGGGCGUGAAACCUUCUGCCUCAACGUCGAGGAGAGCACCCCCAGCAGAAUCCCAAAGUACUCCUGGAGCUGGGCUGCAAGAAUUUUCCUACAAGUCGCUGGCUUUGGCGAGCAGAUAGCUCGGAUCAGCACAAUAUUUCUCCCGGUCAAUAUGCACCACCUAAGUGCGACUAUAAGAAACAUGGGCCCACUUCCCUUCUUGUGUUACUCACUGGUAGUACUGGGUGUAUACUAUACGGCGGCUUGUACUUUAUUGCCCGAAAGUGGUUUCUCCAACCGUCCACCAAAUCUAGGCUCAUGGACUUGUCUUGCUUGCACUGAUGAUUCAGCGUUUGCGGCGGCUAUUAGUUGUGGAUGCGUUACGAUAUCGACUACAUACGAGAUGCUGCCAAUAAUCACCUACUUCUCCCGAACAGCUCCGGUGCCGUCAGAACGUAUAGGCUCCUGA